AUGCCGCGACGAAUCUCAUCACAAGUUCCACAGACCGUCUCUAGGUUACUCGAGUCGGGCUUCCUCAAGCAACCUCCCGUAUGGUUCGAGGCCGUCAUCAACCACCCUCCCGUCACGGUGCCUGCUCGUCACCCCAUCAAGCGACCCGACGAAGAUCUCCCGCCUCGCUUGCGCUCUUCUGCGCAAACUGCGAUCGCAAAGGUCGGCUCCUCGUCUAAAGCUGCCUCCAAGUCGCAGCAGAUUUACGGCCGCGAUACUACUAACUCGAAGAAAAAGUCACGCGCAUUGACACCAAAGCUCACACCAAAGGCUAUCGUCUACGAUGAAGACAAGAUUCGACAGCGAUUCUUCCAUGACCACCCAUGGGAAGCUUACAGACCCAAAACACUUGUCGAGAUGAGCGAUGAGGUAGGAAGUGAAGCAAGAGUACACGGCGACCCGAAGAGAUUGCGUUCGUACGGUCGCAAUCCCAGUGUCGAGGAUUUUGUCGCAUGCACAAUGGUCGCGCACCGUCAAGGUGGUCUUUCAUUGUCACAGGCGUACCACAACACGCUUUCAUCUUAUCACGGAUUGAAGGCCGAGCACGAACACGCAACACGCUAUGCUGCUCUAGAGGCCAAGUACUACGGUGCUGAUCUUGGCAAGUCCGAGACACAGCGAGGAUUCGAGAAGGAGGACAAGGCACUCGAGACGUGGGCAGCAUGGGCUGCUGGAGGAAUGGCAACGGGUGAUGCCGCCAACGCAGCAGCUGAUUGGCAACAGACAAAAGCGGUAAGAGUCAAGCGUACCGACCAGACUUUCACUUCGGGAGAUGCUUAUCUCGAGGCUGCCAAGGCAUUCAAGGAAGGAAAGAUCAGCUCGGAUCGAUUGGCAAGCAGUGCGGAGGCCGCAAUCAACAGACGAGUGUUACUAGCAACUGGCAACGGUGUCAACUUUGCACCUGAGCCAGCCGAUGAUUUCUUGGGCCUGGCACGUUCAACCAUCCGCACAUCAGAAACUCCAACAAGUGAAGCGCAGUGA